ACUAAACAACAGUGAUAAAACAAAUUCCAGACCUGCGACGAUAGUAAAAUAGUAUACUGAAUGCGCUAUUGCAUAUUAUUUUACAAUAUUUUGUCACCAUGGUCGUUGAUUUGAUAUUUAUUUUUUAACGAACUUUCCGAUAUAGUUAGAAUGGUUAUUUUACACGCUCAAUUCAGGGACUUGAAAAGAACAACGACAGACUAUUAUAGAUAAGUGAUAACUAGUACCGAUAAGUUUAAAUUGAAAAAAAAAAAAAUGGUUUAAUGAUGAUGGAACAGCGGGACUAUGACGGGGACAUUACGCCCAGCGCGAUAGAAGAAGACGAGGAUGUGCUGAAAGACUUGUUAAAUGUUCCACCUGACUGGUCAGCGGGCAAUUGCCUCCAGACGGGUCUGUUCAAUUCGUUCGAUCCAGACGAAGUGGUGUACCGUGCUCAAAAGAAACCGUGUAAAAUGGUUGGCAAAUAUGUUAUGGGCGAUUUGCUGGGCGAAGGUAGUUACGGCAAAGUGAAAGAAGUACUCGAUUCGAUAACACUAGUGCGCCGUGCGGCCAAAAUAUUGAAGAAGAAGAAACUAAAGCGUAUUCCGAAUGGAGAGAAAAAUGUCCUCAAUGAAAUUCAAUUAUUGAAAACAUUGAGACAUCUAAAUGUCAUAGAAUUAGUAGACGUAAUAGUAAACGAAGAGAAAGAAAAAAUGUACUUAUUAAUGGAGUACUGCGUUGGCGGUCUUCAAGAUAUGCUUGAGCACUCUCCAGGCAGUAAAUUUCCAUGUUGGCAAGCCCAUAAUUAUUUCAGUCAAUUAAUGAACGGAUUAGAGUAUUUACAUAGCCGUGGAAUUAUUCACAAAGAUAUAAAACCCGGGAACUUAUUGCUCACCCUGGAUGAAACUCUUAAAAUUUCCGAUUUUGGGACUGCUGAGGCAUUGUCACCAUUUGAUCCGGAAGGUAUUUGUGCAUCUAGUCAAGGUUCACCCGCAUUUCAACCUCCUGAAAUCGCAAAUGGGGCUGAUGAAUACUCUGGCUUUAAGAUCGAUAUUUGGAGUAGCGGAGUAACUUUGUAUUAUUUAGUUACCGGAGAGUAUCCAUUUGAAGGCGACAAUGUAUACAGGCUGUUUGAAGCGAUCGGUAAAUGUAACAUAAAAAUCCCGGGCUACGUAACAGAACCAUUAAGAUCUCUUUUAGUUGGAAUGCUUAAAAAAGACCCAAAGAAUAGAUUUUCCCUGCGAACAAUUCAAACACACCCUUGGGUUGUUUGUAGACAUCCUAAAACGUCUGAAAAAGUACCUAUACCUCCGUUACGUGGGGAUACAAUGCAUAAUAUGACUGUGCUGCCGUAUCUGUUCAACUAUCUUGACGACACGGCCUCAGAAAACGAAGACGAAUAUGUUACCGAAAUGUUAAGAGAUCGACAGAAUGGGAGUACAUCAGCUCCUGUUGAUGAUGCUAACGAUCCAUCUAAACGAGCCUGGCACAAGCCAAUCAUGUAUAAUGUUAAAAAAAUGACUACUUGUCGACUGUCGUGACGUCAGUCGCAUAUUCUUGUGUUUAAUCUUUCAUAUUGUUUUAUAUUAUAAAAUCAUUUUUGGUAAAAAGUUCUAAUUAUGUUUCAAGCGGAGAUGAGCAAAGUGUUUUUUUUCCUUUUGCCAUUUAUCAAGUCUGAUAUUUGAUGAGUUUUCACGAGGCAAGAGUAAAAUAUAAUUUAAGCUACUUAUUAUUUAUGUAUACAUCUGCCUCAAUAAUGUUUCGGAAAGUAUUUAUUAAUAUAAAGUAAAUUUUUGUUAUUAACCUCUGCAUGUGUUUUUUUUUUUUGAGAAUCUUAAAGAACGCAUAAAAGACUGUUAAAUCUUGAGGUACUAAAGGAGAAAAAACAAGUUGUCACCAACUUCAAAUAUUUUGUUUAUUCAUUUUUAACUUUUAUAUAUGUAUAACAAAAUUCUAGAAAGUAAAAAGUAAAUAUUGUUUUUCCUUUAUAAGAUUUAUUUUAAAUUAACUAAGUUUUUUAUUAAUAUAAAUAAGCAUUUAACAAAUUAUUAUUAUUUUGAUAUUCGAGUUCCUUGUGGUUUAAUAGUAUUUAAUUAAUAAGACAAAACUAAGCGAGCGAAUGGAAAAUACAAUGAGUUAAUCUCAUUAAAUAUUUGAAAUAAACUUUAAGACUUAAAAAAAAAAAUAAUACAAAUAUAUACUGCCUUUUUUGAACAUGUCUAUUAUCGCCAUUAUUCAAUUUAUACAUCACUACAAUUAUUAAUAUCAGUGUAAAGCGAAAAGAAUCAUUUAAAAUGCACUCUAAAUGAAGUAUUGUAUAUAAGAAUGUAAACUGAUGGUUCUUAAAAUAUAUACAGGGUGCAUAACAUUCUUACAAUAUGUGUAUAGAUUUGUUUAUAUUAAAAAAUAAAUCGCCCUGUACAUAUUUAAAAAAAAUGAAACGAGAAUCAGUUUUCUAUUUUUUGUUAUAUAUACUGCCAUGGCCAACCAAUGAUAUAUAUUUUAUUAAAUUGUUCAUAGUUAAAAUAAAAGAAUUGCUUUCAAAGAUAAACUCAAUUUUUAAUACUGUAAAGCCAAGCGUAUGGGAAAAAAUUAACUAAAUUGAUUGUAUUAUAAUGUCCAAUUUUUAUUGUAAAAAAUUGUUAUUGGAAAUAAUGAUAUCUAAGUUUUAUAAAUGCUUAAUUUUAUUAUUAGUAAUAAGAUAUAAGCAUUACAAAUUUUUAUGAAAAAAAAUUUACUGAAGCUUAAGAUUGUUCACAAUUACAUUGAAUUUUAUAUUUCAUAUUGAUCCAUUCGAUCGUCAAUAGUUUUCAAACGGUUGACUGACUGUUAAAAAUAUUGACACUGAUUAGUAACGAUAAUAUUGUGCUUUGCUUCUUGUACAUUAAGUUACGCUUAUUGAGGGUGUCAUAAAGUGUUUAUGAAUUUUAAUUAUAAAUUGUACCACUAUACCCAAAAAAUUUUUUUAUACUAUUUACCUGAAAAAGAACAAUGUUGAAAGUUGACUAUAAAUUUAAAUUAUUAUCUAUUAUUUAUGUGUUAAUUGUAUAUUUAAUUAUUUAAUGUUAAGAAAUGAGUAUAUAAUAUAUAUUAUAAUUGUUUACAUUUAGUUGGUUUUUUUUUAUUUUAACGGUAAACUAAGAGACAUGGGAAAUGCGGCUUACACAACGAUUAUAUAAUAAAAUGUAUAAAUAUGACUUUCACAUGCAUAGGAAUGUGUUAAAUAACACAUUUUUUAAAACAUCCAAAGAAUUAUAUUAUUUAAUUAAAUUAUAAUU